CACUACUGGUUUCAAUGAAACGAAAGUGGAAGUGAAGAAGUGGAGAAGAGCAGUGGCCCUGCUAAGGGAGGCCCCCUCAGAAAAUACCAGAAAGUUUAAGCCCUGUGACCUGUCACUUGCUGUCUGAAAUCUCAGCUCUUGCCAACCAAACCUGAUUCAUGUCAGCGAACCGUGAUGUGGCCCUCCAAGCCCUUCAGGAGGAGCAGAUCAGGCUCCAGAUGCGCCUACAGGAGUUGCAGCAGAAGAGAAAUGAAUUCAAGGACCAGCAUGACAAGGUCCCUUUUCCGGUGCCUGAGAUCCCCCUGGUGUUCCAAGGACAUACUGAAGCACAUUCUCAGCAAGGAAGGAAAGAGAGCAAGACCGUAGUUUCCAACCUGCAGAUAUGCUGCCCUCUGCCUGGAGGCUCUGCUCUGGUCACCUUCGAUGACCCCAAGGUGGCUGAUAGGCUGCUGCAGCGAAGAGACCACCAGGUCGACCUGGAAGAGUGCCGCCUCCGGGUGCAGGUCCAGCCCUUAGAGCUGCCCAUGGUGACUUCCAUCCAGGUAUCCAGCAGGAUGGACAGCCAGAGGGUGCUGGUCAGUGGCUUCCCUGCUGGGCUCAGACUGAACGAAGAGGUGCUUCUGGACAAGUUGGAGAUCUUCUUUGGCAAGACCAGUAAUGGAGGUGGUGAUGUGGAGGCACGGGAACUGCUGCCAGGAGGUGCCAUGCUGGCCUUCUCGGAGGAGGAAGUGGCCCAGCGCCUGAUCCGGAUUGGUCAGUUCAUGGUACCACUGGGUGUACAGAAAGUACCCCUGCGCGUCUCUCCCUACAUGAGUGGGAAAGUGGAGAAGGCUGAGAUCAAGUCUCAGCAAAUAGACAGAUCAGUGCUGGUGCUCAACAUUCCUGACGUCCUGGACAGCCAGGAGCUGCACGACAUCCUGGAGAUCCAUUUCCAGAAACCCACUCGGGGUGGCGGGGAGGUGGAGAUGCUGACGGUGGUGCCCCCGGGACAACAGAGAUUGGCCAUCUUCACCACCUCGUCGGGCUAG